CAGCUCUGUUUAAGGGUGAGGAUGCUUCCACAUGCUGGGCACUGCCGCCACGAUUCCUCGUGGACAUUUAUUGUUCCUGGACCUUCUAAAGACAAUCAGUGUCUAUUGUGUUUGAUCGACAUCAUGGGCGAUAUGUCUGUAUCGGGUGUCCAAAGGCAUGUUGCUUUAAGCAUGCUGAAAGGUUUGCUAGAAGCUCAAGAUACUGCCUGGGACCAAAUGAGCCACCAUCCGCAGCUCCUGUUCCACAUUUUUGAUCUCACGACAGACGUGUACUACAAUGAGCCGUACACCGACUUGGCAGUCGCUGUGGUUACCUUUGUGAUUAGUGCGACCCAAGAAGAGAGGGUUCUGAAGUACUUUAUGGAGAAGUGCUAUGACAUUGUGCAUUGUAAACGACAAGAGGAACCCAUUCAAUUUUGCCUUUUGGUGAUGAAUCGACAAUGUGACAUUGAUGCGGGCAACACCAAAUUUUUAAUGCUUUGCCAAGCUCACCUACUGUCUGAGAUACUGGCAGUGAGUGGUACUUUGUCGAAGACGAUCAGGAAGACUUUUGUACAGCUGCUGACGCACGUAAUGGCCGUGUUCUGCUCUGAAGACGCAGAAUGGCCACCCGACGUGGAAAACUUUGUGUGGAAGAUUGCAGAGGCUCAAAUCCCGUGGCUCAAUGAUGGCGAUCUGGGACGGGACUUUCACAGAGCGUGUUUAAGAUUGUUGAAAGAGACCCUACGGUCACGAGAUCUGCGGAGCAUCCUGAUUCACGUGGGACGGGACGUGCCAGGAGAUCCCACUCUUCUCAUGGGGCUCAAGAAAAUUCUGACUACAAAAGACGAAGAGCUUGUGCUCCUGGGAGUCCAGUGUCUAUAUGUCGUAGUGUCCAGCGCGGAAGAUGUACAGCAGUCCAGGGAUAUUAUGGCCACAGAUCUAGCGGAGUUUGUCUUUGAGUCCCUGCACACGAAGAAUUCUUUACUGCUCAGCACUGUUUUCCGAUGUCUGCUUUCCAUGGCUCAGCACCAGGCGUUUUAUGAGAAAUGUCAUGCUGUUUAUGGUAUGAGACUUCUUGUCUUGAGAGUUGAUACAGAUAGUUUUUUGGGUUUUUUUAAUUUGUAGGCUUUGAUCUUUAAAGGGUAACAAUUUUAAGGGGUGAUUCACCUUUUUAAAGUUGAAACAGUAUAGCUUCCACAUGGAUUGCUAUAUUAAGUAGGAGAAGAAACUUAUUAAUGAAAUUAACUUUAUAUUAGCUUAACUUAACUG